GUGCCCGCGGCCGCCCCGCAGGCCACCCGGGUCGCGCUGCCGCCAGGGAGCAGGCGAGCUCUCCGCCGAGGCCUGCGGGCUGUAUUUCCCCGUCCCUGCUGAGACUGGAAGAUGAAGGGCCGCCGCCAAUCCGCACAGAGUCUGCAGACAGCCAGAGCACGCCGAGGAGCCAGCGCCCUCUGCGUGCCCACACCCUUCCCUCCCGGCUGUCCGGCCCGAGAGGAAGAGAAAAGUGUAUGCCCGGGACUAGCAAGCCCCCUGACCUCUCCCAAACCUCUGAUCCGCACCCCCGUGAAUGCGGCUCCUGCGCCGGGCCAGGGAGUGCGGCCAGGGGAUCCCGAGCGCAGCUCCGCGGGGCUCCGAUCCCAGCCGAGAGUCCCGGAACCCCGCGCUCAUCGGCGCGCUGCUUUGCAUCUGAUGUACAUAGUUUACCAACCCCCGCCAGAUAGUGAUGGGUGGAUGAGAGACACUCACUCCAGCCUCCCACUCUGUGACCAUCUUCCCAGUCUACCAUGGAGAAAGCCUUGCUGCCCCUGACUAUAACGUCUGACCCAAGGCUCUUUAACCAACAACUCCCAGAGCCUCCAGACUUGAGAUGUGUCUUGGAACCCCAGGACAGCCUUGAACUGGCCCCUGCACUCGUGUGUGCUCUGUGCUGCUGCUUUGGAAUCAUCUACGGCUGCUUCGGCUACCGCUGCUUCAAGGCAGUGAUGUUUCUCUCCGGUCUGCUGUCAGGAGCUCUGGUGAUCUUCCUCCUGUGCCACAAGGAGCGGGUGCUGGAGACACAGUUGAGCCUGGAGGUGAGCGCAGGCAUCUCGCUGGGCAUUGGACUCCUCUGCGGCCUGGUUACCAUGCUGGUUCGAAGUGUUGGGCUCUUUCUGACUGGUCUCCUGCUAGGUCUAACCCUGGGCGCUGGAACCUUAUUGGGCACUGAACCCAUCUACCAGCCACAUUCUGCCUGGGUGCCAGUUGGGGGACUGAUGGGGCUGGCACUGCUAGGAGCCCUGCUCACACUUCGGUGGCCUCGUCCAUUCACGGUCCUGGGCACAGCCUUGCUAGGUGCUGCGGUGCUGGUGGCCUGUGCAGACUACUUCUUGGAAGGUCUGGCCCUGGGCACUCGGCUGGGUGAACGCCUGCAGGCCCUUCCAGAGUUGCUUCCUCUUUGCUGGUAUAGCUGGGUCUUACUGGGGACCUGGCCCAUCUUGGGGGCUCUUGGGACACUGGCCCAGUGGAGACUCAUGACUGAGGAACGCGGAAGCCACACCAACGUGAUCUUGAACCACCAGCGCAGACAUCUCCAGCUCCUCCGGAUCCAUCAGCAAGAGGCUAAGUGGCAUCGUGACCCGUCUGGAGUGGGACUGUGCCAAGGCGGCUAUCAGAGUCGGCUUCCCCCCAAUACCCAGAGUCCUGGUGACAGGCUGGCCCCAGGUUGUCUCCAGAGUCUCCGAGAGUGCCAGCGGGAACCAAGCACCCGGGCCCCAGCCCCCCACACUACCCUGGACCUGGAUUCUGACUGCAGUUCCACUGUUCCCCUGACCACACCUUCUCACUCUGCCCAGACCUGAGCCUAAACCUCCAGAGAUACUGACAACCCUAGUGAGGGCAGGAGACUGCUGAGUGGAUAGGGCCUGAGCCCACAGGACCCACACGAAGUGCCCUACCUCUUGGAUUGGGGAUAGGCUCCGUGCUCAGAUCAACCUUUUUAGAGACAGGCAGAGAGGAUUCUUACAGAUGCAGGAUGAAAGCACAGGCACCUACCUCUAUCCAGCAAUAGAGACGCCCUGGUCCCUAGGGACACUGACUCCAAACCAAGGUGGUUUGCCCAAAACAGCCUUUUUUUUUUUUUUUUUUUAAAGUCCUGUAACGCUGAGA